CAUAGACAAUACCAUCCCAUACGUCAGAGCUUUUGGCAGCCCGUGGGUGAACUAUUUUCUUCAUUGUUGACCUUUCCUAAAUCUUAGGUGUAAUUAUUUCAUCAUUAUAAGUACUCUGGCUGUGCCCUAAUAAUCAGGUAUAUAAUAUUUUGUGGAAGUGUCGACGAUGGACUCCGAAGAUGACACAAAGGAUGAUGUGGAUUCUGGGAACGAGUCGAGCGGAGACGAUGUCGACUUUGCAAUGGACGUUGAGACCCACAGUACGAGGGAGAGGCAGACGGAUCUCGAGGAGUAUCCUUACGAGGUGUUGUCCACGGAGGAAAUCGUUCAGCACAUGGUUGAUUGCAUCAAAGAAGUGAACACAGUCGUCGAGAUACCAGCAACAACAACGCGUAUUCUGUUAAAUCACUUCAAAUGGGACAAGGAGAAGCUGAUGGAACGGUUCUAUGACGGAGACCAAGACCAGUUGUUCGCGGAGGCUAGAGUUAUUAACCCAUUCAGGAAACCCGUCAUACAGAGGCCGAAGGUAACGGUAAAGCUCUUGCUACCGAGGCGGAUAUCAACCACAGGGACUGAGGAAUGUGAAAUAUGUUUUUCAGUUCUACCUACAUCGAUGAUGACAGGCUUAGAAUGCGGUCACAGAUUCUGCACGCAGUGCUGGUGUGAAUACUUAACAACCAAAAUAAUGGAAGAAGGCUUAGGUCAAACUAUAGCGUGUGCGGCGCAUGCGUGCGACAUCCUAGUGGACGAUGCGACCGUGAUGCGGCUGGUGCGGGACCCGCGCGUCAAACUCAAGUACCAGCACAUCAUCACCAAUAGCUUCGUCGAAUGUAACCGGCUGCUGCGCUGGUGCCCGUCGCCGGACUGCAGCAACGCGCUGAAGGUGGCGUACGUGGAGGCGGCGCCGGUGACGUGCCGCUGUGGGCACACCUUCUGCUUCGCCUGCGGGGAGAACUGGCACGACCCCGUGCGGUGCUGCCUGCUCAAGAAGUGGAUCAAGAAAUGCGACGACGACUCUGAGACGUCAAACUGGAUAGCGGCGAACACGAAGGAGUGUCCCAAGUGCAACGUGACGAUCGAGAAGGACGGCGGCUGCAACCACAUGGUCUGCAAGAACCAGAACUGCAAGGCAGACUUCUGCUGGGUCUGCCUCGGGCCCUGGGAGCCGCACGGCAGCAGUUGGUACAACUGUAACAGGUACGACGAGGAUGAGGCGAAGGCGGCCCGCGACGCGCAGGAGCGGUCGCGCGCGGCGCUGCAGCGGUACCUGUUCUACUGCAACCGCUACAUGAACCACAUGCAGUCGCUGCGCUUCGAGUCCAAGCUGUACGCCUCCGUCAAGGAGAAGAUGGAGGAGAUGCAGCAGCACAACAUGAGCUGGAUCGAGGUCCAAUUCCUAAAGAAGGCGGUGGACAUCCUAUGCCAGUGCCGACAAACUCUAAUGUACACCUAUGUGUUCGCGUACUACCUGCGCAAGAACAACCAGUCGGUGAUCUUCGAGGACAAUCAGCGCGACCUCGAGUCCGCCACCGAGACGCUCUCCGAGUACCUCGAGCGGGACAUCACUAGUGAAAACCUCGCCGAUAUCAAGCAGAAGGUCCAGGAUAAGUACAGAUAUUGUGACAGCCGGCGUAAAGUCCUGCUUGAGCACGUGCACGAAGGUUACGAGAAGGAUUGCUGGGACUACACAGAGUAAAUCCCUCUUUCACACACUCGCGGAUACACCACACUCGACAAAUACCUGUGUUCAUCAGUUCAAUUAACAAUACCAAAACGAUUAGCAACAUGUUUUGUUAUUAGGUUUAAAACGUGUAUUCGAACUCCAUAGUGUUGUUGUAUGAAGCUGCAGUAAAACUGGAGGUUACAUUAUACAUUUACGCGUGAUGUCGAAAGUCUAAUCUACACAAGUCAAUCGCUCGCGUUCUUUUUAAACUUAUAAACGAUUGAUUGUUUAGUGGGGUUUCUGUCAUCGAAGUCUGUUUCGUCAUCAUUAGGUGUUUUCAAUGUUGUCUCCGGAUUUCUGUACAUAGGACAAUUCACACUGAAUUAUGUAGGGUGUUGGUACCGAGGACGUCUACCCAAUACAGAUAUUAAAGUGUUAUUUGGAGUAGGGUGUUUGACUGGCUCAAACAUAAAUUAUAAAAUGCUAAUCUAGAAACGGAAGCCAGUGUGAGAUGAAAAAUUUUUGAAUUUUAAUUCUCAUUUAUUUUUGAAUUUUAAUUAUGAAUUACGUAAUUCUUAGUACGGCGUUUGACAGCUUUUAUUGAUAACGUCAUACAGCUGUGUAUUCGUACAAAUUCAGCAGAUUUUUUCGUUUUGACGUUUCGUAAAAAGUAUCUCAUUUGUGUAAGUUGUCAAAUAGCCUAUUAGGGCUUCGUUUCCUGCGCUGUGCGUUGUUGCUGUUGCUCUAAGUCCACUAAUAUCAGGGGGUUAAAAAGGCAACAUCGAAGGAAUUCACCCUUAAAAGCAAAAUUGCUAUUUGACAUGUGUUGAUAUUGCGCACUUAGUUUUAUAUGCGCAAAUGUGAAAUUGCAAUAUUGCUUUUUUGGUUGAAUGGCUUCAAUGUGGCCUUUUAAACCUGGACUGCGAAAGCGCUCUCAGUAUCUUCGUUCUCCACAGUUCAAUGUGAAUAGUCGCUAAGCUUCGUGUGUUAUCAGAGUGGGUGUGAUUCUCUAGUAAUCGGAAUUGAAUUGGACCUAAAAGCCCAUGACAAUAUUUUAAAUGCACGUUUGACUGUAAAAUUAACGCGUGACGUUUCACAAUGAUAAUUCCGAUAAAUAUUUUAUCACGUUUUGGGCUUUAUUCGCUUUCAUGAUUUCAUCUUGCGUGUAAAUGAAUAAAAAGCAAUGCCUUAAUAAAGUAUUUACUACUCGGAUGUUGUGCGGGUUUAGUGCAGGCGGAAGAUCUCAGUUGGACGUUACUUUAUUAUCAAUUUACGGAACACUCGUUUAUAUUUCCAUGUCUGGAAACUAAAUUUCGGAAAUGUGUUAAGGAGAAGUCGAUUAUUGUGUUCUUUUAAAUAAUUUCGAUGUUGGAAAUUAAUUUUUAUUUUAAUGCAAUAAAUGAUAUAAAUUGACGCCAGGACUGUCUCCGCUCCGCUUCACUAUAUUUCUGAUCACUAUAAUAAUUUCGUCACUUUAAAGUCAGAUCUCCUGAAUAGAUAAUAGAUAGAGUUCAUAUAUUAUUUUUUGACUGUAACCAUUUAGACUUUCUAAUUUUAAUGUCAUUUGAUUUUGAUACUUUAACUGUUAAAGUAGUCGUGUAAAUUGCUUAGCGUAGUGGAUAUUUUAAACUCUUGAUGCUUAUUUGAAUCUUGUUUACUAUGACCUCAUUUCAUCGUAAUGUACAAUGUUGUGGUGUACUAGUUCGGCGUUGCUUCGCUUUACAAUUGAUUUUAUAACUGUAUGUUCGAAUCAAAAUACUGGCACAAUAUAAAUAACUAUCGGUUAAGAAGAAACGAGAAAUAUUUUUACCAAAAAUCAUAUUUUUGUUAUUAGAGUACUGUUUAUCACUAUAAAGAUUAAGCUGUUAGUUCAAGAUAUAGUGUGUUUUUAUUCUGUGAUCGACUUAUAAUUUAACGCCUCGAAGGCUUGAAGUUUCUCGGUGUUGGUAGAGCGCGGCGGCCGCGGCCGGCCCCGCUGCCUUCACUCACAUCCAUACUAUGUAACAUACACCUUACGAUUUAAUUUAAAAUAUAACGACUGGUACUGUAAAGUAUUUACUGACUAAGAGUUAGAUUCGCGCAGUUUGUCCUUAACUUUUUAAAAGCGUAGGAUAGUGAUAUGUGGCUAAGGUUCUCACAAUAGUUAUACCUGAUUAACACGGGGACUAAUCUCGGCGACGGGGCAGCUCGUAUGAAUAGAUGAAGGUAUUUUUGAAAGUUAUUGAAUCGCAAAAAUCCGCUUUUUGUAUAAUAAUUCUCGCGCUACAUAUCUCUGUCUCGUUAACGGUUAUACAAUUAAUUGGUGGUAUAAUUGGUGCAUGGGUCUGCACUGGCAGUGAAUGUCGUAUGAAGCUUGCUACUCGGGCGCACAUAGUGUGCUCGACUACUGUAGUAAGGUCCUCCCACUACCUCCGUGCGCCUCACACUCACACACCCACAAGUAUAAUGUCGGUGGACCUUCAACACACACAUACUUCUGUAAAUAUAGAUGCUAUAAAUAUAAAUAAUGGUUAAAGUUUAAAUGUACAAUAACUAUGUAUUGUCGAGCAUCUUGUAUGUGUGUCUUUGUUAAGGACACAGUUGUCUAAGAUUAAGGAAGGAAUAAAAAUAGUAACCUCGA